CCAAGACGUCACUUCCUGUCAGUAUCUUAAUGUAAACAGCAUCAAGGCAAAGAGGGAUUUGCAAAUCGUAUUUGUCGUGCCGUUUCAUCUCAGAUUUGUCGUGCAGGAAUUAGAAUACAUUCGUUUAAUUUAAACUCCAACAUGUCGCACACGAUCCUGUUGGUUCAGCCCACCAAGAAACCCGAAGGCCGAACGUAUGCGGACUACGAGUCGGUGAAUGAAUGCAUGGAAGGUGUGUGCAAAAUGUAUGAAGAGCACCUCAAGAGAAUGAAUCCAAACAGCCCGUCCAUCACAUACGACAUUAGUCAAUUGUUUGACUUCGUUGACGACUUGGCGGACCUGAGUUGUCUUGUUUACAGAGCGGACACUCAAACGUACCAGCCGUACAACAAAGACUGGAUCAAGGAGAAGAUUUACGUACUGCUGAGACGUCAAGCUCACCAAGCAGGGAAGUAGCGAGACGAGUUGCCCCUUGUUCUUCUACAUGCAUCUCAAAGGAGCACACGGGGACAAAUAUACGUUUCCAGUACUUUGAGAGGAUGUCCAUAUCGAUUUCGUGGAAGGUCUGGGUCACCAAGCUGAGGCAUUCUAGUUUCUAAGCAAAUUCACAUUCAGUUUGUAUUUGAUGUUUUUAUUUAAUGUUUUUUUUACAUGCAGUGAAAUUUCAAUUGUAAUUUUGAUGGACGGACUUUAAAUUUACAAAAGUUGUCAUGUUAUUCAAACUACUUUUUUCUUUCUGUUGAUGUUGUAAACGUUUUUUACAUUGUACAGGAUUCCAAGGAACCAGCAAUGUGGCUGUUUUCAAAUGUGAUCAUUUUGGUAUAGGAACUGUUCUUUAAUAAACAACUUAACAAUA